AAUUUAUAUUUAAAUAAACAAGUUUAUUUAUUUGAAGUUUAAUGUUUUUGAUAGGGAACAGAGUAUGGAGAAAAGGGAGACUCUGCUAUGAAAACAAGAACAGUAAAUGGUGGUCUUGAGGUUCACAUACACUUUUGGAUUGGAGCUCAGUGUUCAAAGGAUGAACAAGGUGUGGCUGCAAUCAAAACUGUUGAGCUAGAUGACUACUUUGGUGGUUUUCCUGUUCAGCACAGGGAGGUGGAAGGCCAUGAGUCAAAACGUUUUAUCUCCUACUUUAAAAAAGGCUUGAAGGUGCUAGAAGGUGGAAUAGCAAGUGGGUUUCGAAAAGUUGACACAUCUGUCAAACCAUGUCUUUUGCAUGUUAAAGGGAAGCGAAAACCUAUCAUUCGUCAGACUCGAGGACUUGGCUGGGAAUAUCUAAAUGAUGGUGAUGUUUUUGUGCUUGAUGCAGGAGAGGUUAUUUAUGUGUGGACUGGUAAAUAUGCAAACAACAUGGAAAAAAUUCAGGGAGCGAGAACUGCUCAACAAUUGAAAUCUGAUCAUGGGGGAGGUUCAAUAGUAAUAAUUGAGGAUGGUAAAGAAAAGUCUUUGCUCAAAGAAGAAAAACAGGUAUUUGAACAGUGGUUUCCCUUAAAACUUAAAAAGGUGAAGAACUAUAAGGAAGUCCCUCAUGAUGAUGAGGUGGAUUGUAAGCAACGGAAAAACAUAAAGCUUUAUAGGUGCUCAGAUGAGGGGUCCAAAGUAGAGCUCACACAAGUAAAGUCUGGUCCUUUAGAACAAUCUGAUCUGAAUUCUCAGGAUUCAUUCAUAGUUGACAAUGGAGAAGCUGGAAUCUGGGUGUGGGUUGGUAGAAAAGCUAGUCCAGAAGAAAGAAAAAAAGCACUUGAAUUUGCACAGGGCUUCAUUGUCAAAAAUAACUACCCAAAUCACACUCAAAUAACAAGAGUAAUAGAUGGUGGAGAAACUACUGAAUUCAAAUCUUUAUUUAAGUUUUGGCGGGAUGUAAACCAAACUACAGGUCUUGGAAAAACCCAUAAUGUGGGAAAAGUUGCUAAAACAGUCCAGACAAAAUUUGAUGCUUCAACACUUCAUGAAAACACUCAUUUAGCAGCUAAGGAGCAGAUGGUGGACGAUGGUACUGGAGAUAAGAAGGUUUAUCGUGUGGAGAAUUUUGAUUUGUAUGCAAUAGAAGAAAAGGAUUAUGGGAAAUUUUACAGUGGAGAUUGCUAUGUUGUGGUUUAUAGAUAUAACGAAGGAAGUCGAGAGAGAUGUUUAAUCUACUAUUGGUUGGGUCUGAAAUCUUCCAAUGAUGAAAGAGGAACAGCAGCUUUGAAAACUAUAGAGUUAGAUGACCAGAUGAAUGGUGAAGCAGUUCAGAUCAGAACUGUUCAGGGAAAAGAACCCCCUCACUUUAUGGCCAUGUUUGGUGGGAAAAUGAUAAUACUAGAGGGUGGCCACUCAAGUGGAUUUAGGAACACUGAAGAUAAUGAGAUGCCUGCAGAUGAAUAUUGUUUGUUGCAUGUUCGAGGAACUUCAGAGUACAACACCAAGGCUGUACAAGUCGAGAAACGAGCUGCUUCUCUAAACUCUGGAGAUGUUUUUGUUCUUGUGACUGAUAAAUGUGCCUAUAUUUGGGCUGGAAAAGGUAGUACAGGAGAUGAAAGAGAAAUGGCCAAAAAGAUUGCAUUCCAGUCUGGAAAAGAGCAAGUGUUAGUAUCAGAAGGGCAGGAGAAAAGUGAUUUCUGGGAUGCUAUUGGAGGACAGGAAUCAUAUUCAAACACUAAGCUCUUGAAGUCCCAAGACGACUGUCACCAACCGAGGCUCUUCCAGUGUUCAAAUACAUCUGGCCGUUUUCUGGUGGAAGAAAUAUUUGACUUUAACCAGAGUGAUCUUAUUGAGGAUGAUAUUAUGCUGUUAGAUGCUUGGGACACGGUUUUCUUAUGGAUUGGAAACAAAGCAAAUUCUGAAGAGAAGAAAACAGCCAUGAGUAUAGCAGAGGAAUACUUAAAUACAGAUCCUAGUGGUCGAGAUAUUAAUACAUCAAUAGUCAAAGUCAAGCAAGGUUUUGAGCCUCCAAACUUCACUGGAUUUUUUGGUGUGUGGGACAGAUCAUUGUGGAAUAACAAUAAAACAUAUGAAGAAAUCAAAGCUGAAUUAGCUGAAGAUAAUCCUGGGAUUGUGUUUAUUAAGCCUCAGCUUAAUGGAAACUCUGAGAGUCCAGAUGUGGAAAAAUAUCCACUUGAAGCAUUACUCACAAAAGUUCUAGAAGAGCUUCCUGAAGGGGUUGAUCCAACUGCAAAAGAGAACCAUUUAACUGACGAAGAUUUCCUUGAAGCCUUUGGAAUACCUUUCAAUGAUUUUCAAGGAUUACCUAAAUGGAAACAGGUGGAAAUGAAGAAAAGAGUUGGCUUGUUCUGAUUAACUUUGGACAUUAUGAAGUGAAGAUUACAGUUUUAGUUUGUUUGUGAUGAAGUGUUUAUUAAAUAAAUUUAUAUUUUAGUAGAAAGAACUUACUCAUUUCUUGCCCUUGAGUAACUGUCAAGUUUUAAACAUUAAUUAAGUUAAACCAAAAUGUUUGUCCAAAUAUACAUAAUAUUCUCAGUAAAUCUUUGCCUGAUAUUAUUUUUGUUAUGUUAUUAAUUUUUAGGUUGAUAAUGAUGACGUUUAUAUCAAAAAUAUUAUUUUUAUAUGAACUACAGGAACAUUAUGAUGUCUAUUAUGUUAAUUUUGAAACUUUAUUUUUUUAAGAUAUAUGAAUUAAGUUUCCAACAGAAAUUUAUGUAUUGAACAUAUAGCUUGAGUUGAGUGUAGGGUCAAAUGGAAAAUGUAUGUAUUUUAUUCUACUUGAAAUCUGUUUGUAUUUAUGAUUGAUGUAGUGAUUUAUUUUAAAUAGUUUUCUUUUAAAGAUGUUAGUUUUAAAUAAAGGUCCAGCUAUUAUUGUUAAUGACAACAUUGUAUCACUUUUUGACAGAAAGUGAUGCAACUUUUUCCAGUUUUACAUGGCAAAAACUAGUCAAAUAGUUGAUGUGAAAAUAAUUUGACUUCACUUAAGCUUAAACAGUAGGUUUGGUGCAAUACUUGUGAAAUUUCUAACUUUUUCAGAUAUAAAAGUUGCAAAGUUGUUGAAAAAGAAAUUGAGUAACAAUAUUGAUAUCAAUACAGUAUUGCCAGAAUGAUAUUUUACAAAGGACUCCUGCAUUCACUGUAAUGUGUUUUUUGAAAAUUCAUUGCAAUAAAGUGUUUUCAUUAUCAUUGAUUUUAUCAAAACAGCAUAUGGACAAAUGGGAAGCUUUGUUCAUCUAGACUAGGGAUUCUGAACCUUUUUGAGUUUGAGACCGUUUUUUUUUCUUGUGGAUGAACCUUCAAGACAACUCAUUUAUCACGUAAUUAAGAAGCAGCAGAGAAUAGUAUUGUUCUAAAACUAAAAAUUGUACAAUAAUACAGUUCUGUACAUACAGUUUAUCUUUUAAUUAUUUCAUAACCUUAAAACAAUAACAAAACUUGUAGAAUAUCAAAAAAAUGACCCACUGGUUAGAAUUCCCAUCUGCAAAUCUGAGGAUUUAUGGUUUGUGUUCUAUUGCAGCAAAACUUUGCUCCAUACUUUGGGGUCAUGGGUGACCUAUAAGAGUGAUCAUCAAAUCUACUCAGUCAAGUAAGAAUAGCCCAAGAGUUGGUAGUUUAACAACUAUGUGCAGAUAACCAUUCUGUAACAUUUAAUGAAAAUCUGAAACAAGCUAAAAAACAAAUUGAGAAAACAAAAAUUCACGACUUUCCCCCAUAAUACAACCAGACAGUAAAGAUGUUGAGAAAAUGAAGCAACUGUCUUAGAAUAC